GUCACAUGGCCAACUAUGGCAAAGGCUGCUUAGUUUACUUCUCUGUGACAAGCGCUUUAAUGUUUGUUUACUUCUUCUAAAUAACGAACUGAAUUAACGCGUCGCUGACCCGCCGCAUUACCGCGAACACCCGGCUACUUCAUUGAUAAAUCAAUACAUUAUUUACCACCAUGAUUGGUUCUCCAGAUUUGGUAGCCUUUACUAAAGAGCCGGAUUUCAGGGAAGUAAGCAGAGACCCAUUAGCACUUCCUGAGGAACUGUCUGUUCCCACUUAUGCUGUUGACACCACACCAUGGUCUAAGAUAUCCACUGCAAAAUUCAAAAAAGACUUUAUCCUGUUAUCCGAGUUUUCUGAGCAAGUCGGCCCCCAGCCUUUGCUUACAGUUCCUCAUGAAACCAAAGCUUGUGGGACGUUUGACCUUAACCACUUCUCGCUCCGAAUCAUGUCGGUGGACUAUCAGACCUCCCUUACCGGCUCAGGGAAUAUGUCCACUAAACUGAACUUUGUGGAGGACUCCAAAGUAGUUUUAGGGGAUUCCAAGGAAGGAGUGUUUGCAUACGUCCAGCACUUUACCCUGUAUGACCUGGAGGCUCGAGGGUUCGUGCGACCUUUCUGCCUCGCCUACGUGUCGUCCGGUGAGAAUAAAAUCAUACAGCAAUUUCAGCGGCUUUCUGCCGAGUUCUCCAAAGUUUCAGAAUGUCUGAAAACUGGGAAUAGGAAGAACUUUGCGAAGGAACUUGAAGGCAAACUAAGAGAUUUAGAGUAUACAAGAGCUGUUUUAUUUCAAGAGAAGGAGAGAGAGAAUGUAAAUAACUCAUCUGUUAAAUACACCAAUGAAAGGGAAUGGACAUUAAAAGGUGUACCUAUAGAGAGAGAUACAGAGGAUGAGAAACUUAAUGAAAAUUUACUGUUACACAAAAGUGAAGUGAAAUUAGAAGAGGAAGAUGGAUGUGGACACUUAAAAGAGAAAGUAGGGACACAAAAUUGUACAUUAAAGUAUGAAAGUGAGAACGCCUCAAAUAACAGGUCUGUUAUGCCCAACAAUAUUAAAGUGGAAGAGAUAACGGGCGACAAUGAGAUGGAGGACAAGCAGAAGAAAGAUUACUCCUCAAUGCUACUAACUAAAACAACUGAGUUGGUCAAUGUGGAGAAAUGUAUUCAGGAACAUAAAAGCCUUCUGAAACAAGUCAUCUUCUACCCCACAAGGAAGCUCAGAAACUCUGAGUUCUCACCUUAUGAACCAGAUGACCUUCCUCAGUCUCUGGAGCCUGUCCUUGAUGAUACUAGACUGCAUGGUCAGCUUACCAGGCCAGUACCAGAAUGCAGUGUCUUUCACAUGAACACACCCCUACAUUCUCCAAAGCUGAUUAACACCACUGUAUGUAGGCAAUUUGACGGGCGCUUGAAAACUCUUGAGGAGUUGUGUGAUGAGUACUUCCACCAACAGGCGCUACUGCAAUUGCACUCCAUUGAACGAACUUUCAGAGGAGAUGGAAGCCACAUCUACGCAAACCAACUUUGCCAAAACCUACUCCCCAAGCUCAAAUCCACAAACUUUUUGUUUGAGGACACUUACUUGGAAGAGACUGACAAUGCUUCAUCAAUCCGUCAAGCAUCUUUUCUUCCAACACCCACAAUACUUAGUGAACCGGUGAGUCUUGAGUCAUAUGCUUCCUGUGUUGAAAUGGUCCCAAUCAAACUGGAGCUGGGAGUUGUAACUUUAUCAAGUACCUUAAAUAGUCCUUUAAAUGAUAACUUAACUCUGUCACCUGAAGGCUCCACAGCACAGACUGAAAUUGAAGAUAAGGGAGGCACCAGCGUUUUGGCACCAGAUUGUGAUAAUUCCCAAGAUGCAGAAUAUGUUGCGGGUGUAAUGAAGACCAGCAUUAGUAGUGGAGACAGUAUUGAAGUCUUAGGAACAGAAAAGUCCUUCAGAUCACAAGGUUCAAAUAUACCCAGCAAUACACCACUGCCGAAACCUCUACCUAUCUGUACCACAGCAGCAAUGGAGGGUCUAAGGCAGGGCAGGGUACCCACAAGGCGGACGAUCAGUGGAGACAGCAUUGAGAUACUUAGUACAACAGACUCAAUGCUACCAGAAGACCUGCAUGCUUUAUACUCAUGUGUUAUUGAUGAGGAAAGUCCAGAGCAAGACACAGAGGAGACAGACAUGUCUCAAAACCAAAAGGACAAGCAAGUCGAGUGCGCUUCCAUUGUUGGAAAUACAAUUCCUGGAACUUUUGUUAAUGAGCCACAUGGUUGUCCUCUUGUUACUCUAACCCCACCAGACCCGGCCAUGAUGUUUCCUGAUGAGCGUCACGCAUCAUGUACCCCUCUUUCCUUGUUAGAGGAGCCUUGUCGGACAUUACGGGAUGAUUUAUCAGACUGCUUUAGUUUUCGCAGCACCAUUGCCUCAGAUUGCACCUUCUCCACUUGCACUCAGGGAGAUAAAAAAGACGGUGGGACAAGACAGAGAUGCAGCAAAGUAGGACGGGCAGGAUUAAAGUUCCUGCGACAAUUUCCGUUUGCAGUACACGCAGUCUUUAGCCUUUUGAGCGGACGAACGCUGGUGGUGCUCGGCAAUGAGGAAGCUACAGUAAGACGAAUUGUUACGGGAUUGUCUGUCUACACCCCACAUGCAGGACGAUACAGGGAGAGUGUUCAACCUUGGGUUUCAACACCACUGCAGCUUACCGACCUGCUUAACUGGAAACUUGUCGGAUAUAACAGGAUGUGCUGUGUCACUCCAGGUUUGCCUCACAGUCUGGGCCGUUAUAGCCGAUACAUAAGCGUUCUAGAUGUGGAUCAGAAGACACUACGAUGUCCAACAUAUAGUGGUACUCUUAUCAAUCAGCUAGUGGAUCCAAGAAGCCACAUCAUACGAGGGAUCACCUAUUUCUUGUUUGUUCACAGUGUGUUAGGCAACCUGGUUGCCAAAGCGUUUCUCUCAACGUUCUCGCAUGAUAUUCACACUUCCAGUAUGCCUGGUAAGAAUACACAGACAGCGUGCGGUCAUGACGAACUUCACAGAGAUGACAAAAAAAUCCUCAACUAUUUAUCGGAGCUUAUCAAACUGGAUUUUAUAGAAGCUCCACCCAAUGUCCUACGAUUUAGCUACAACACAAACUCAGUAUUCAAACUCUAAAAAAAAACACUCAAGUCUGGUUUGAUUUCUUGCAAACACAUUUUGUUUGGCACAUUUUUGACAGUAAAGUCUGUGCAUUUUUUUGCAUGCAAAAUAUUUACUAAAACAUAUAAUACUCAUGCCAGUUUAUGUUGUGAGCCAUUUGGUAUCCAUACCAAACCAAUACUGAAUAUCUAUGUAUUAAUAAAAACUGUGUUGUUUGUGAUGUUUU